UCAAUAAUAUGUUUUCGGAUGAGCAUAAGUAAUCAUUACAAGUGUUUUCAAUACAAUUUCAUUUAAAGAAACAAGCUUAAUUUGAAUACAUAAAUACUUAAGUUUCACAUGAUUUUUUAUUUAUAAAGAAAAGUGAUCGUGAGCAAAAAUGACGAACGCUACAAUCCAGGAGAUUGAAGGUAUAGAUGACUACUGGGGCCCGGCGUUCCGUUCCAUAUACGAGGGAGAAGGCCACGAAGCAUUUGUCCAGCAGUUGGAUGAGAGAAUCAAGCAACAUGACAAGGAAAUUGAAAAGCUGUGCAACUUUCAUUAUCAGGGCUUUAUUGACUCAAUCCGUGAGUUAUUACAAGUGCGGUCACACGCUGAAGAGUUGCAUGCAGACAUAUCUAACGUGGACGCCAAUGUUACUGACACUACUGACAGUCUAUGUGCCAAAGCUGAGGAGUUGAUCCGGGCUCGCAGGGUAGAGCUGAAUAUUGCUGCCACUAUUGAAAAGAUGGAGCUAUGUCUACCAUUGCUCACUACUUACUCUAAGCUCAAGUCACAGGUGGAUGCCAAAAGAUAUUACCCAGCUUUAAAAACUCUGGAACAAUUAGAACACGUGCUGUUACCACGAGUGGGGCCGUAUAAGUGGUGUGCUCAGAUCUCGGCAGACAUACCGCGGCUGAGGCAAGCCAUACAGGAUGCCUCCAUGGCAGACCUUAGGGACUUCCUUGAGAAUAUACGGAAGCUUAGUCCGCAGGUGGGAGCAAUGGCUUUGAAACAGACACAAGAAAUGCUGGGAAGAAGCUUAGCUAGCAUUGUCAAAAACAAGAAAGACAUGGCAGUACUGGGCAUGUCAGCUAAAGACACGACGGGACCUCAAUGCCCACACGAGCUAGUGGACUUCAGUCCACUUCACCGCUGCCUACAUAUACACAGCGUGUUGGGAGCUAAGAACGACUUCAUACAGUAUUACAGAGCACAACGCAAACAACAAGCCCGUUUGGUCCUCAUACCAGCCUCCGCAAACCUUCACGACUCUACCCAAGGAGUCAAGAACUACCUCAACGCCGUUCUAGGCUUCUUCAUCCUCGAGGAAUACCUCCUCAGUGCAGGCUCAGGUCUGGUCUCCAAGGACUGGCUUCUGGAUAUGUGGGGGAUGUCGGUGACCAAAGUGGCUGCGACACUGAGGACUAACACGUCCUUGAUAACUGAUCCUACGCUGAUGCUGAGUAUUAAGCACCAGAUUGUGCUUUUUAUUAAUACGCUGAAAUGUUAUGGCUUGCCGACGGAUCCACUGCCGACGUUACUGCAAGAGAUGGCGGAACACUACACUGAGGUGCUGAUGCAGAGAUGGGUGGUCGUCUUCCGGGAUAUACUGGAUAACGCAUCCUUCUUGCCUAUUGAGGUGGAGACACAAGACCAGUAUGAGGGUGUGAUGGAUACGUUCCCGUAUGAUGGUGAUGAAUUGGAGACUCAGCCGUUCCCGAGAAAGUUCCCAUUCUCAUCUAUAGUCCCUGCAGUGUACGUGCAAGUGAAGGAGUUUAUAUACGCGUGGCUGAAGUACUCAGCAGGCCUAGGCCUGGGCGGCGGGCGUAGAGCCGCGGCCGCGAGACAUUCCGCCUCGCUGUUGCUGAGCAGGUCUUUUACUGGCUGCCUGUCUGCGCUGUUUAGAAGACCACUGCCGCUUAUGCAGUUGGUGCAGAUAAUCGUGGACACGCAGUACUUGGAAGGCGCUACAUUAUGUCUGUACGAGUUCAUCAGCAACAUCACUGGUUCCGAACUAGUUACUACGCAGACGGCGGGCAGUAUGUUCCAAGCAGCUCGCGAUGACGCUGAACAACAGAUUUGCGACAAACUCGAGAAGAAGGUGGACGAGUUCCUUGACCUCGAAAACUACGACUGGCUACUGGUGGAGCCAACUGGUCAGGCGUCUUCAUUCGUGACGGACAUGCUCAGCUAUUUGUCGGGUGUUCUCACGUCACUCGAACAACUGCCUGAGAGAGCGAGGGUAGCAGCAGUCAGAGCGGCUACCAACCGCAUCGCCACCCGUCUCCGAGCGCUACUCCUCGACCCUGCCGUCAAGCAGAUAUCCUCCGGAGCGUUGGACCAGCUGAACCUGGACGUGAUACAGUGCGAGCAGUUCGCUGCGGGGGAACCCGUGCCGGGGCUCAAGGAGGGAGAGCUGCUAGAACAUUUUGCGAGCUUGAGGCAACUCCUAGACCUAAUAACAGGUUGGGACUGGUCAUCCUACCUCCACGACAUAGGCAUCGACGGAGGCAAGUAUUCACUGGUGACGCCCCGCGACGCCGCCACACUACUCGAGAAGCUGAAAGAAGCGGAACAGAAGUCUUCUGUCUUCUCCGUCUUGAAGAAGAAUGAGAGAGACAGAAGGAAGUUGCUCGACACCGUACUUAAGCAAUUGAAGCAGUUACAGAAUCAAGAUGGCUCUUGAAUUGAUAUAUAAAUAACCUCCUCCUUUUUGGGAAGUCGGUUCAUAAAAGAGGUUUUAUGUAAGGCAUUAUAGUAUUUGAGUAAGGAGUUUGUAUAUUUUUUUAUGUUAUGGCGGUCAAGUCAUUAGUUAGGGUAUGCAACGAAGUUUUUAAAUGAAGAUAUUGUAUUACUUUAGGAUAAAAAAAUCAUAAAUACAUAGUAUUAGUUAUUGAAUGGAAUAUAUUCUCGUGUGUGCUCUCGAAAGUAGCUUGAAGACUUUAUAAAAGUUUUCGAGUGUUUUUUUUUUUCAUAAUCACUCCUGUCAUAUUCUCUGUUCAGCCAGUGGUCUAUCAAUUUGGAAUAAUAUUUUUAAAAAAUAUUUAGUUUUGUACAAUAAGCCUUAUCAGCGUAGUGAUAGCAGCAUUUAUAGAGGUUAUUAUUUAAGUGUUAAAUAGAAAGACAUUGUUUAUCAAUACGUAAUAAAUUAUUUAUUGUAAAA